GAAAUGGGUGACUAAGAAGUGAUAAUGCAAGGAGCUAUUAUGAUGGGAGGGGAGAGGAAAGGGGGGAAUUGGGUGUAGUGGAGAGGAGGAGGGUGAUGGGGAAGAGGAAGAAAGAGGGUGUUAGUAUGUGUUGGAGGUUGCUCCUCCCUGGGAGGGGAGGGUGCCUGUGGCAGCUACAUAAAGGGAGGGUGUUAUUCACGCCAGCAUCACUUUCCGUCGGUACUUCACCCUCGCCACACCUCCCUCACACCCACCAUGGACGCCCACAAGGUACUGUUGAUGACAGUGACGCUGACUGUGAUGCUGUCUUCUGCUGUCCUCGCUGUACCUCAGCUCUUAGACCACCAUGCCACCGUACCCCGCUACGAGUUCGGCUACGAGGUCAAUGCGCCAGACUACGGUAACGACUUCGCGCACGCCGAGCGUCGGGACGGACCGGAUACCUCCGGCGAGUACCGCGUCCUCCUGCCCGAUGGCCGCGUGCAGGUUGUCUCCUACACCGUCAGUGGAGACUCUGGCUACGUUGCCCAGGUCUCCUACCAGUGACCUGCCACACUCCACACUCUCAUACACCCAAUUGUUUCCAUUUGUGUGGAAACCAGAAUCCCUCUACUUGUAAGAUCUUAAUUAUCAAUAAUAUUUAUGUAAAAUAAGAAACACAUGACAACCCUUAUUUUAAUUUGGUCUUUACAUGGCCAAGUCUUCUUAGCUAAUUCCACUAUAUUCUAGCAUCGUCUGUAUACUUUUACCCCCUGCCUUCUGAAUUUUAUCCUCCCUUUGUACUUGUAUCCCCUCUCUCAUACUUUAUCCCUGCUUUCUUAUACACUAUGCCUCCCCUCUUAUAUACUAUGCUUCCCCCUCAUAUAUACUCUCCCUCCUCUCUUAUGCCCUAUUCCUUCACUCUUAUAUACUAUCCCUUCCCCCUUAUGUACUAUUCUUCACAUUUUUUACACUAUUCUUCAUCUCAUAUACACAAUCCGUCUCCUGUUAUUCACUACAGUAUCUCUAACCUCUUAUACACUAUCCAGUCCCCUUAUUCACUAUUCUUCACCACUUUUACUCUAUUCCUCAUCUCUUAUACACUAUCCCUCCCCUUUUAUGCACUAUCUUUCCCCUCUUAUGCAUUAUCCCUUCCCCUUAUGCACUAUUCUUCACAUCUUUACACUAUUCCUUCCCCUUAUGCACUAUC